AUGGCGGGAACUGCGGUCAGCACGGAGAAAAAGCCAGAGUGCCCAUCAAACUCGUCCGACAAUGUCGACACAGGGAUGGAGACAAAGCCCUCUCAUGUCUUCAACGAGCAGACCAACUAUGUGCCCAAGAGCACCAUCAUCACGGUAUUCCUGGCAUGCUCGACGGUCGACCUCGUAGCUUUGAUGGACCAAACCACCCUGGCGGCCAGCUUGUCCAUCAUUGGCAACGCCCUGCAUGCAAAAAACUCGUCUGACACCGUCCUCAGCACCUCAACCUGCUUCCAGCUCCUAUAUGGCCGUCUGUCCGACAUCUGGUCACGUAAAAUCAUCCUAUUCGUGGGUCUGGGCAUCUUCUUCGUCGGUUCCCUGGCCGCUUCGCUGGCUCAAACUGCAACCCAACUCAUCAUCUUCCGAGCCUUCACUGGUGUCGGCGGCGGCGGCCUCAUGACUGUUGCCCAGAUGAUCGUCAGCGACGUGGUCCCGUUGCGCGAGAGAGGCAAAUACCAAGGCAUCCUUGGGGCCGUAGUCGCCCUCGCCAACGGCAUUGGCCCAGUGAUUGGGGGAGCCUUGGCCUCCAUCGACGACGACUCGUGGCGAUGGAUUUUCCGUCUGAACCUCCCUCUAACUGCCAUCACCACGCUGAGCGUGCUGUUCUUCAUGCCACUGCGGAAGGUCACGGGAGACUGGAAGGUGAAACUCCAGGCAAUCGACUUCUUCGGCGCGUUCCUCGCUCUCGGCGGCACCGCCGUGCUCCUGCUGGGUUUGACUUGGGGCGGAGGUGAAUAUCCCUGGCAAUCGGCGCAUGUCAUUGCCACUCUCGUUGUCGGUGUUGCCGUGUGCGUGGCGUUCGUGCUCUGGCAGUGGAAAGGCACCGCCAUACCCCUGGUCCCCAUGCGGAUUUUCCAGUCGCGCAUUGUCAACGGCGCUUGUCUGACCAUGUUUGUGAAUGGGUGGAACUUUCUCGUCCAGGUGUAUUAUAUCCCCACGUUUUAUCAGCUGGUCUUCGGGUAUUCUACUGUGAAGGCGGGUGCAAUGCUUUUGCCUAUCACAUUGAUGCAAAGUAUCUCCUCCCCCCUUGUCUCUCCUCUCUUUCUGCCGCGCGAUGUGAAACUGACACCCUGCAGCCGACUCUUCUCAACCCUGGACUCAUCCUCAGGGAUAGGGAAACAGAUUGGGUACGGCAUUCUGACGGGCGUGGGAGUCGGCAAUACCCUGCAACCCUCGCUCAUCGCGGUGCAAGCCGGCGUUGACCGGCGCGAAAUGGCCGUUGUCACUUCAUUUCGCAACUUCAUCCGAAACCUGGGAGGUACUCUCGGCCUCGCAAUUGCCGGGACAAUCAUAAACAAUCUCAUCUCCUCCGCGAUCUCUUCGCUAGGCCUGAGUGACUCGGAAACUAGGUCGUUCUUGUCGAGUCCGCAGAGCUAUCUUUCCGAACUACCUCUUCACGAAGCUGAACGUGUUCGCUCAUUGUUGAUCCCUGCAUAUAAGAAGGGCUUUCAAAUCAUCUUUAUCAUCGGCGCAGCUCUAGCAGCGUUGGCAUUCUUCUUAGCAGCUUGGUUGAUGCCACAGGUGACGCUGAAUCGAGCGGACGACGAGAAGCUAAAGGAAGAGGGAAGGCAGAGAGUACAAGGAAAGGCUUCGGACGAAGAGAAACAUGGGCACUGA